AGUGAACUGCAGGGAGAACCGGAACUGGAUGCGGAUACAGCUCCGUGUGUCCCACAGACUGAAGCUACCACAGACCGUCUGUGUGUAUCUGUGUGUGUCUGUGUCUCCGUGUGUCUGUGUGUGUGUGUGUGAGUGAGUCCUGAACAAGUAGAUGCUCAGACCCAGAAGAUGACAGAUGCCCGUCGGUUACAUUUGCUCCUGCUCGCGUCCGUGCUGCGUCUCGGCGCCGCGGCGGAAGUGUCCGUGUGGAGCGUUGACAUCAACCCGACACAAAAUGCCGUGUUCCGGAAGACGCUGUACGCCAACACCACCAUCUCUAUGAAGUUCCAGGGCGACUUGGCAUCAUGUGAGCGAAACCUGGCGUUCAACAUCAGCUGGUAUCUGCGCUCCUCCGUCUGCUACAACGAGGUCUUCAACACACCGGACAACAAAGCCACGAACAUGUUUGGAAUGGACCACAUGCUGAAAGAUGGCUGGAGCGGCUUCUACAGUCAGGGCUACAUGUACUUCGACAACUGCUCCACCCUCUUCAUGCCGAGGGUCUAUUAUCCUGACUUCAACCCAUAUCAGCCCCUAACCAGCCCAAAGAGUGACCCAUCAAAUCAGAGUUUCAUUUGGCCUGACAAACCGGACAUCAGUGCAGUGGCCAAAGCCUGGGAGGACAGUCCCUAUCUGUUCAUAGUGAAGGUGCAGCCCAUGUUCCGUGGAGGUGACGAUGAGGACAUUGGCACCGAGCAGCUCAACUUUGCUUUCACGAUGAAAGUGGAGAUGAAGGGACCACAUGACUACUCCUCCCCAGCAGACUGGCCACUCAUGAUGUUCUUCAUGAUCAUGUGCAUUGUGUACGUCCUGUUCGGGGCUGUCUGGCUCUUCUGGUGCGCCUGCUACUGGAGAGAUCUGUUGAGGAUUCAGUUCUGGAUCGGCGGCGUCAUCAUCCUCGGCAUGCUGGAGAAAGCUGUGUUUUACUCCGAGUACCAGAGCAUCCGUUACAAAGGAGACUACGUUCAAGGUGCUGUGAUUUUUGCUGAGCUGCUCUCUGCACUCAAAAGAUCUUUGGCUCGAAUCCUGGUGCUCAUUGUCAGUCUCGGGUAUGGGAUAGUCAAGCCCAUGCUGGGGACCACGGUGCACCGGCUGGCAGCCGUGGGGCUUCUCUACCUGCUUUUCUCCUCUGUGGAGGGAGUCCUGAGAGUGACGGGUGGUUUCUAUGGGACGGUUGCCCUGGUUGCUAAUCUCAGCCUCUCCCUCAUCGACUCCUGUGUCAUGUGGUGGAUUUUCAUCAGCCUGUCCCAAACCACUCGUCUCUUGAAGCUCCGCAGGAACAUAGUGAAGCUGUCUUUGUAUCAGCACUUCACCAACACGCUCAUCUUCUCCGUUCUGGCUUCUAUCAUCUUCAUCAUCUGGACCACCAAGGUCUUCAAGCUGGUAGACUGCCAGACGGGCUGGAGGGACCUGUGGGUAGAUGAUGCCUUCUGGCGUCUCCUGUUCUCCACCAUUCUGCUGGUCAUCAUGGUUCUGCUGCGGCCGUCUGCCAACAGUCAGAGGUUCUCCCACUCCCCUUUGAUUGAUGAAGACGACGAUGAGGAGGAGGCCAAGGAGCCCAUGCUGAAUGAGGCUUUUGAGGGAAUGAAGAUGAGGGGCUCAAAGCCUGAAAGUAAUGGAUCUCAGAAACUGUUGAGUAAAGAGGAUGAAGACCUUAAAUGGGUCGAGGAGAACAUUCCUACGACUGUUGCUGAUGUAGCUCUCCCCGUAAUGCUGGACGAGGAAGAGGAAAUCCUGAAAACCAAGAUGGAGAGAUCCAAAAUGGAGUAGAACUAAAUGUAAGAAUGAAAAGAAAACAAAUUCACAGAGGCAGCGAUGAAUGCAUUCUGAGUAAUCUGAUUACCCCACCCCCCCCCAAAAGAAGCAAAAAGGAGAAAUGCAUACUGAGAGCACCAAGUUAUUUUGCAUAGUAAAAGAUUAUAUUAAAUUAGAUAAACUCUAUAUUCAGAGAAGUGCUGUGCCAUAACUUUAUCGUCAAAAUAAUGCUGUCCUCAGCAAAUCUCACUUGAUAUGAUGACACAUAUUUAUUAUUUAAAUGAGCAACUAUAUGGUAUGAGUAACCAUUCAGCCAAGAGGAGUAAUGUUUUUAUGCUUCUGUCCUGCCAUUGAACAGUUCCUGAUUUCUAAUAGCUGAACCAGUAAAUGAUAAAUGUCUCAUUGUUCACUCACAGCUAGCUCUUUGUUGUCCAUCUCUAUUUGCCACUGUUACUUUAUAUGAACAUAACUGCACCAGUGGAUAUUGAUACUUUAAGCAUAUCACAGCUAUCAAGGGGAAAUGUGACUGGAAUACACCGGUGGGCUGUGUUAAUGUAAUGACACAUGAAACUCUAUCAUAGUGAAGUAUUUAUAUUCUAUUAUAAACUCCAGUCGUCCAUUUCAUAGACAGGAUAGUGGCACUAGAUCACCUCUCGUUACACAGAGACCAGGCAAGUGAUUGUGUGAUUUAUUUUCAAGCUUUCACUGACACAUGACACGCUGCAUGGUCCUCCAUGGGAACACUGGAUGAACAGACAGGUUUUGGUGUCUAAGCCGUCGUGAGACUUAAGAUAAUGUGUUUGAAUUUUGUUUUAAAAGUACAAUUUUGUAUCUAACAGCUGUAGGAUCAGGGUCCGCUUCAUGUAAACGUUGAUUUUAUCUUUUAGUUACUGAGUCUGAGAAAAAUUUCAUAAGCUUUGUGUUUGUGGUUUGGGCCUAAAUUCAAAUAUACAUGUCACUAACAACAUGUAUGUGAUCCUUUACACUCACCUUCCACUAACUGGGCUUCACCCAAACUCAGUGGUGCAGGUUAGUUUAAAAAACAAUAGUGCAUAUGAUAAAUUCAUAUUAUUAAUUUCACCAUAUACACAGAUUCCUUUGAACCAAUCAUAUUCACACUGCAAAAUGAUCUUCUUCCUCAUGUGGCAGAAUUAUAUCCCCGUCCCAGUUUACUGCAGUAUGUGUGGAUGUUCUAAAUUCCUUAAUUUAUGUUUUCUUUUUAUAUAUUUGUUCAAGUCUUGUUGAGGGUAUUUAUUUUAGAUUGAUGCCGAAGCCCGACUUUUGGACGUGAGUCUGCAUAGUAAUGUGAAGCUGAUGAUUCUGUGGCUUUUUGCGUUUGUCUUGCCAAUAAAAUUUAUAUUGAAACAUG